GGUAGGGAUUUCAGAAGCCUUUUGGGUAAGCCAGUCAAAAUAGAACAAGCUAAGACAACAUGAUGUUGAAUCGUACAGUAAUUUGAUUCUCUAAACCUUGUUCCUCGAGAAUUUUAAUCACAAUUCUCUGCCUUUUUUUUUUCAAAUAAAAGAGGAGAACCUCUCAAAUUUUAUUAAUACUAGUCUGUCACAAUUCUCUAUUGCCGAGGGUCUUCGGAAACAACCUCUCUACCUCCACGAGGUAGGGGUAAGGUAUGCGUAUAAACUACCCUCCCCCAAACCUCACUUGUGGGAUUAUACUGGGUAUGUUGUUGUUGUUACAAUUCUCUACUGAUUUUCAGUUUUCUCCUGAGAAGUCUCUGUGAUGCUAAAUCUAUGAUUUUUUAUAUUUGCAGAGCACCAGAUUGGAAGGUGCCAACAGCUUUCAUAUAUGGAUACGAAGAUUGGAUGAAUUAUCAAGGAGCGGAACAGGCUAGGAAGAAUAUGAAGGUUCCAUGUGAAAUCUUAAGAGUCCCUCAGGCUGGUCACUUUGUAUUUAUAGACAACACAGCCGCAUUCCACUCCGCUGUACUCUAUGCUUGCCGUAGAUUUAUCUCACCACAGAAGGACAAUGACCCACUCCCUGAAGGCUUGAUAUAUGUCUAAUGGAGAUACAUUGCCAUGGUGUUUUCAUUGGGUGUGUUGUAGGUAAAUAGUGUACAAUAGCAUAUUAGCAUUGAUUUAAUAUUCUCCCAAAUGUGUUUACUGGUCUGAGUAACGUAACUUACCAGUUUCUCAGAACAUAAUAUCAAUGUUGAGGAAGUCAUGAAUGGGUAGCAUUCUGUUCUUCUGAUUGUUCGUUCCUUGUAGGAAGUCAUGCACAGAUAGGUCGAUGAUUUGUGUUCUUGAAAUUACAUGAAUUUUUUUUAUGAAAAUUGUACUCAAUAGUUACGAAAGCAAUAAGAUGAUGUACAAAUAAUUUUGAAUUGGAUAUAUUGUCCAUACUGAUUGCUUGGUUCUGAUGUGCAUCGUGGAGAAGGAAAUUCAGUGUGUUUUAUUCAAAACAUAUGAUAUCAGUUUUAGGUGUGAGCAGGAAACAACGUCAUUAUCGUCACUUCUGCCCCUAAUUUUGAAGUUGAAUGUCAUUCCUCCAAUCAAUAUUAAAGCCUCAAAUGGAAGGAAGACACUAGACAGACCAAAGGAACAAAGAAAUGGCACGCAUGAUGAAUUUUGUUUACUUGUUGGGCUCUGUGACUCGUUCUGGUCAAAAUCAGUUGGAAUCCAAAUUAGACAAUGGCAAUGUGAUGAUGUGACAUCUAGCAGGAGAACGAAAAUGAAAAUGUAACACGGAGUAUUAAGCAUUAGCAGUAAAGAGGAACUAGCUUACUAUACCUGUAUCCUUUAUUCCUCUAUCUAGCCGUUAUUUUGCCAAACCUUGUAUCCUCCUAUCUGCCAAAAGUCAAGAAAAUAAAACCUGAGAAAGAUUAAUUGGGACAAAAAAGAAAUCAUGUGAUUUGAUUUGAAAAGAAAUCAAGAACCGACAGCCAACUGGAGUUGAUUACUUGUUAGUUGAAAAACGAACUCGCUUUGUCAUUUACUUGAACGAAACAGCAUUGUCCUUUUCAUGUGCUAAAGGGUUUGGAUAAUCAUUAAAGUCUGCUUGAGAUUACACGACAACCAACGCAAUUUGGAGAAAAAAUGAUGAUGCUAAAGAGACAGACUCCUUUAAUCGAUCAAAAAACAAAACAAAAAGAGAAGUCCUUGCCCAACACUAGUCCAUCAUCACAAGUCACAACGACUCGGGAGAAAAUGUAAAGAGUAAUCUUCCCUUUCCUCCUCGAUGCUAAAAAGUUAGCCCUCUACAUCUAAUAAUUCCUCCUACCUCAUACAUUUUCCCCUAUCCAAAUUGGGUUAUACUCCACUCCCCAAUUUUAGGGUCAAUUUACAUACUAUUCUAUUAUCCUCAGUUCAGCAAGUCUUCAUCUUCCAUUCAUGUUUUGCAAAUUAAUCAUUAUUCCAAUUCUUUGAAUAUUUUUUUUUAGUUGACACUCUUGUUUUAUUUUCUUCCACUUCAAUCUUAAUCCAAUUCUUCAGAAUCCAUAGAAUGUGUCCCUAUAUUUCUAUUUGCUUCCACUGUAAAACCCUUUUACACCCUCCUUUCAACUAGGUUUUUGUUUAUUGAAUCGAGGUGUUUCAAACUUCCAAGUUUUCCCAAUUCUUUACGAACCUUAGUAUUUGUAGCUCAAUUUUAUUUUUCUGGAACCCUAGAGUUCGAUUUGCUCCUACUGUAAAACCACCCAAUUACAGAUUCUAUACCCUGAAUUCAACAAUUUCUUGUUAUCCAACAUCACAAAUUAUUCAGAAACCCUAGAAUUUUGCCGCAUUUCGAUUAAAAGAACCCUAAUUUAGGAGGGGAAAUGGCGACAAGGGGCAGCAGAUCGGUGAAGGUGAAAAGAAUCUUCCAGAAUUUUGAUGCAAAUGGCGAUGGGGGUCUUAACCGCGAGGAAAUGGCAGCUCUGGUGGUUGCUGUAAACCCUAGGGUCAAAUUCAGCGAUGAGCAGAUCAGUGCCAUUCUGGACGAGGUUUUCCGAACUUAUGGAGAGUUCAUCGACGGCGAGAAGGGCCUUACAUAUGAUGGCCUAUUGCGUACCUACGAUGAUGGAGCUGGUGAUGUUGAUCGGGAUUUUGAAGCCCUCGGGCUUGAUCUCCUCAAACCGGAUAACGACAAUGGGGUGUCUAUGGCUACGGAAGAGGCCUCCACCUCGUCCAUUGUCGAUGAGAGAGCGAUGGAGCCGCAUAAGAAACAACGGACAGCUGCGUGGGCAGCUUCUCCGAAUCAUGGUAUUGUGUUUGAUGAUACUUGGAAACUUGUUGAUGACAUUGAAAUACUGAUCAAGAGGCUUAAAUCCAAACAAUCAAAAGAAGGGAAGCUGAAAAAUGAUAAUUCUGAUGUGUACUCGGAUGCUGGUUGGUCACGCGAAUUGGGACCACCUUCCACGGAGCUAUCAGAUAAAAGGGUGUUGUGGGAGGAGAUGGGGCAUGACUAUGGAGUGUUUGUGAAGGAAUUGGGAGUUUUGAGGUCGAGGGCAGAUGGGUCGAGGUCUAGGGAGGAAGCUUUUGAUGGUCAUAUGGCAAUUGGUAGAGUUUUGUACGAUCACCAGUUCUUUAAGGAGGCAUUGGUAAGCUUUAAGAGAGCUUGUGAAUUGCAGCCUGCUGAUGUAAGGCCUCAUUUUAGGGCUGGUAAUAGUUUAUAUGUGCUCGGGAGAUAUCCCGAGGCCAAAGAGGAGUUCUUGCUGGCGCUGGAAGCUGCGGAAACUGGUGGUAAUCAGUGGGCUUAUCUACUUCCACAGAUUCAUGUGAACUUGGGAAUCGCUCUUGAAGGGGAAGGUAUGGUUAUUAGUGCCUGUGAGCAUUACAGAGAGGCUGCCAUUUUGUGUCCAACUCAUUUCAGGGCUAUGAAACUUCUGGGUAGUGCUCUUUUUGGUGUGGGCGACUAUAAGGCGGCCGUUAAGGCAUUAGAAGAGGCCAUUUACAUUAAGAGUGAUUAUGCUGAUGCACAUUGUGAUCUUGCAUCUGCAUUACAUGCAAUGGAUGAUGAUGAUAAUGCUAUUAAGGAGUUUCAAAGAGCAGUUGAUUUGAAACCUGGUCAUGUUGAUGCUUUGUACAACUUGGGUGGACUUUAUAUGGAUAUGGGUAGAUAUCAGCGAGCUUCAGAGAUGUACACUAGGGUGCUAAGUGUUUGGCCGAACCACUGGAGAGCACAGCUCAAUAAGGCUGUGGCUUUAUUGGGGGCUGGUGAAAAUGAGGAAGCUAAGAAAGCUUUGAAAGAAGCUCUAAAGAUGACAAACAGGGUGGAAUUGCAUGAUGCAACAGUGCAUUUGAAACAGCUUCAGAAAAGGAGGUUGAAGGGGAAUGGGGGUGGCAAUGGCGAGGAAGCCUUAAUCACUGUGGAACCCACAAAGUUUAAGAGACUGGGUGAGAAGACGACAUUAAGAUCAGAUUUGGCCACUGCACUAGAUAUUCGAGGUUUUCAGAGGAUUACUCGAUUUAACCAUUGUGAUGUUGAUCAGAUAAAGAAGGAAAUUAGUGAAAAUGAUAUACCAGUGUCUUAUUCUGGAGGUGGUGUGCCUGAAAAGUCUAUACGUAAGGCUUCACUGGAGGAGAUUCUGUGCAGAUUGCUUAGUUUCUUGAAGCCAGAAACUUUCGUAGGAGCUGUUAAAGCCAUUAACAAGAAAAUCCUCUCUGUUUUAGACGAGUCAGAAUCGGGUAGGGUGGAUAUGGGCAUGUUUUUUGCUGUUAUUGCCCCUAUCUGUGGAGGACCACCAGACAAACGGAAACGCUUUGCCUAUGAGGCUCUUUUGUGGCGACCCGUGAAUGAGGGCAGCAACCAGAUAAGGAAAAUCGAUGCUCAGAGGUAUAUCAAGCUUUUAAGAGCUAUUUAUAUUCCUUCACACGGAGCGAGUGAAAUGCUAGAAAUUCAUGGGGAUAUGGACACAUCAUUGGUGUCUUUAGCAGAAUUCCUUGCGAUGUUCGAUGAUCCUGAUUGGGGUUUUGGCAUUAUGUCUACUUUGUUGAAGCUUGAAAUCGGGGAUAGGAACCGUCAUGGUAGCCAUGUUUGUGCAACUUGCCGCUAUCCUAUCAUUGGGCCUCGCUUUAAAGAGAUGAAAUCGCAUUUUAGCUUGUGUGGUCAAUGUUACAGUGAAGGAAAAGUAGCUCCAAUCUACAAGCAGGAAGCGUACAAAUUUAAAGAGUAUGCAAAUGAAGCUGAGAUUAUGGUGUUGGUUCCAGCGUCGUAUAGUGGAGGCUUGCUCGUACUAUCAUUAUCCGGAGACUUGAGGUAGAGUUGCACGACGUUCACAGACCCUGAAGUCCCUUUCUUAUCUGCAUACUGUAUACUUCAUUAAGACAGUUGUAUUUUAUUUCGGAUCUUAUUUGUAGCACUUUUAGCAGCUCAUGUACUUGUAUCACCAAAUUCUAGGUUUAGACUAGGCAGCGUGUAUGGAAUUUAUUAUGUAUUUUAA